GGGGCCUCAGCCGUUGGGUCGAGAGGGCACGGCGGGUGGGCCGUGGUGGCCCCGCGAGUGCCCGUCCGUUUGUGCCGUUUGUGGGUGCGGGGGAGCCGGCGGGGUGCACAGCAACGGAGCGGACACGGGCAGGCCUUCGGAGGCAAAGUGCUUGCACAAUGGGGCAAGGACUUGGCAAAACUGCCUGGCCCAAACCUGCAGGAGCAUAUCAGACUGUUACAAGUGGAAGAUAUGGAAGAAGACAUUCCUAUGUUGGGUUUAGACCAUUUUUGAAUAAUCAUGACAGAGAUGGACAUCAACAGAAUGAAGACUGCAAACAAUUAGAAAUGGAAGAUGUUCAGAAAGAGAAUACUUUAUCUUUCUCUGAAGGUUCCAGUCCAUUGGUUCAAGUUUCUGCUGAUUUAUUAGAUGAGCCUUUGUCAAAAGAUGCUGGCACUAGAGAACCUGUUUGCCAAAGUGCAUCAAGCCUAUCUUCGGAAGUGACUGCGUCACCAUGUUCUGUGUUCUGUUACGGUCUAGAAGGCAACCAAAUCUCACAGGACUUUAUGAAUCCGUAUGAAAAAUCUGAGGACCUUGCAGAAUACACAUCUGGAGGACGUAAUGAUUUGAAUGCUAAAAAUGGAAUUGCUUUUGUAAACAUUGACUCCUAUGAGCCAGAUAGCAGUGAUGGAGAGGAAGAGGAUGCUCAAUACAAAUGUUCUUGGAUAAGAGAAGCAGCAGGUCUAAUUCAGGGAAGACUAGAUAACAUACUUUGCCAGUGUGAAAAAGAGGUGGAGUCUUUUAGUGACUUACAGUCCCGACUGUCUGCUUUUGACCGCAGCAUUUAUAGAGAAAAUUGUGAAGAAGCAGGACCAAUGCCUUUGGCAUGUCCAAACAAUAGGACACUUAAAUCUGCUGAAGAUGAAGCUAUACCAAAAAUUAGCCUGAGUGGUGACAGUUAUGAAACACAGCAGAUAAAACAUAUAGUGGAUGUUGGAAUUGGAAGCUCCCUACCAGUUGCUGGUGUAUUAAACGUCAGUGAUGGAGAGACUGACGAAGAAAAUUCACCUGAGCUAGUAGUGAGACCUAAAAUUAGAAAACAAAAUACUGCAAAACAGCUGGAGAGAGAAAACCAUCUCCCUAGUGAUGAUGAAGAGGAAAGUGAUUCCUGGAGCAGAAUUGGAAUUGCUGAUAUCCAGCAAUGCCAUCCUGAGUGUCCCUUGAGAGAUGGCAAGGAAGAGAUGAAUUCUGGUUUGUUCUUUCUCUCAAGAAUCCACAGUGAUCAAAAGAACAGAGAAAUAGACUUAAGAAGAAAGGCAGUAGCUCAAGAACAAAACAGUGUUCUAAGUGACAGUGCUUUUUGGAAUGAGUUUGAAGACCGCAACAGACAUUACUUAAUGUCCCACAAAGAUGAAGACAGCUCAGAGUGCAGUGAUGGAGAAUGGUCUGCGUCUGCACCUUCCUAUUUUACUGCUAUGGAAAAAGAGCAGUCCUCAAGUGAUGAAAGCUGGGAGACUGUCCCAUGCAGGGAGGAGCAUGACCCUGAGGUGCAGAGGAGCAGCAGUGGCGUGAAAGAGGAGAACAUAGACUUCUGUUUCCAAGAAGGGGAGCAGACAUUUUUGGAGGAAGGUGAAAUUCCUUGGUUACGAUUCCGAGAUGACGUAGAAAGUAGCAGUGAUGAGGAAAAUGAUCCAAUUAGUGAAUUUGUGCAUCUUGGAUUCUUCUUGUUGGAUGGAAAUAACAACCUUGAGGAUGACUCCAGUGUGAGUGAAGACCUGGAUGUGGAGUGGAGACUACUUGAUGAGUUUGGUGAUGGCCUAGGACUUCCUCAAGCUGUUCCUUACAUGGAACCUCAACUUCUCACAUUUAUGGCACUAGAGGAACAUUUAGAAGCUGUGGAGACUGCUCUGGCACAGUUGGAGUCUCUUACAUUUGAUGUUGAACAGACUCAUCCACCAGCUACGAAAGAAACCAUAGAUUGUUUGCCACAGAGUAUCAUCACAGGUGACUACAAUGGUCAAGGGCAGUGUUGUACUAUCUGUUGCAGUGAAUAUAUAGAAGGUGAAAUCAUAACUGAGCUACCCUGUCAUCAUUUGUUUCACAAACCUUGUGUAACUCUUUGGUUACAGAGAUCGGGAACAUGCCCUGUUUGUCGUCAUGUGCUUGCACCUGUACAUCCCGAAGCAGCUGAUUGACCCUGUUUUCUUUAUUUGGUUGAUGAUUCAGCAUCUUCUGUUAAUAUUGCUACAGGACCCUCAGACUAGGGUCAGAAAUAAAAUCUGCCACCAAAAUAAAAAUUUGGCUGUGCUGUUUUCCCAGCAAACAUCCAUGUGGCUGAAGUCUUCUGUCACGAUCAUGGCCUGCAAAUGUGAUUCUUCCUGCAGCUGAAGAAAGAGCUCUUCACCAGCCUUCUCUCCUUGAUCAGGACAGUCUCUCCGUGGUGAUGCACUAACGUGAGCACAUCUGAAUUGAUACUGUGAAUGCAGUAGGUAUCCUGUUCUGAAAAAUGCCAAAGAUGGGAAAAGAAAAACAACCCUGGCUGAGAAGGAAAGAGCAUGGUUCCAGCAGCUCUUUCUCAGACUCCCUGAUGUUCCUUAACCUGUCCACUUCCCUGCAAAGCUCUGCCAUCGUCUACUUGGUCACACACCUCACAGAGGUGUCCUCACUCUGCCAGGUCCUGUGGACUAGGAGUGCAAUACAUCAGCAACAACAAAACCAGCCAUGCCUGAAAACAGUGACAAAGGACAGCCUCUCACUGCUGAGGUCAUCCUGCUCUGAAGUCAACACUCAGUACUGUGUCUCACCAACUUAUUAAUAGAAAAUUAUUGGCAGAGGAGGUUUCAUAAAGCAUAUUACAGCUCAAACCACCAUAAUAAAGAUUUUGAACAAUAUCAAUGGGCCACAAAAUAAAAACCCGGACACAGGUUCCUUCCCCAACACAUGGACAUACAUACACACGCUAAACACAUCUCAGUGUUAGUGGGCCUUGUAUUGAAAUGACAAAAUGCUGUGUUAUUUCUGCUUUAAGAUUCAAUACAGGUCAAGUGACUUGCUGAUUUCAGGCAGUCUCAGGUUUCCACAUAACUGUAAACCAUCCUGCUUUUAAAAACAAAACUAAUCUAGGAACCUUGGAGUGCUUUUUUUUUCCUGUUUUUUUUUUUCUUCUUUUUUUUCAUUACAGUUUCAUAACAGCUGCUGGAAAAUAAACACUUCUCCCCUCUCAAAACUGAAGCUGGUGCUUAAUGCUGCUGUCUAACAAUAAUUUAACCUUAAAAAACCAUCAACACUUUCUGCUGUAAUUUCAGAGACUUUAACAUGAUCGUCUGAUCUCCAAGGACAGAAAGAGUGAUUACUAUUCAAGGAAAAAAGUCCACUCCUAUUUCAAUUAAAAAGAUGCUGUGUUUGUGCUGGAAGUGACUUCAAAGUUUGAAUUAAAGAUGGAAUUAUUUCCCUUAAUCAAAACUGUGAAACAUUUAUGUUAUUAGUGUGAAUACCUAAAAGGGACAAAAAUAAAUUUUUCACUUGUUCCAAAACAUUG